GACCUAUCAAAGGAUACCUUCGUCCAUCCAAGGCCAUCCCCGCGCGUUGCUCCCUAAAGGCUAGUAUACUAUCUGUAGCCGAUUUUUAUUGUAAAUAGUCCGGUGGGCUCCGAGCAAGGCGACGUGAAUUUGGAAGUGAAACUCUCCUUGAUCAGUGAGAGGCAAUAUACUCCGAUGUCAUUUCUACCGCCCGAACAUGGAAGCCGUCAAAAUGCACAUCGAAUUCGGCCUCGAGGAGACUUACAAGCAUGCUUGCAUCACUGAAGGCAGCCGCUAUUUCGGCACAUUCCGCACUGGUUCACCCUGUUCCCCCAUCUACCUCCCAUCAUUGUAAGUAGGCACCUUUCGCAAUAACUAUCACCUGUACACUCCCUUUAGACUGUCAUCAUGAUCAAGAUAUGGAGCAUGAAGAAGAACGAGGACGCUGCAACCAAGAAGCGACCGAAAACAAGUGCUGCACAGAUACGAGUGCAGAAAGAUCUGACCGAACUUGACCUCCCUCCCACCAUGAAGACGGACUUCCCGGACCCUACCGACCUCCUGAACUUCACUCUCACCAUCACCCCUGAUGAAGGCAUGUACAAGGGUGGUGCUUUCACUUUCUCAUUCACCAUCAACACCAACUAUCCACACGAACCACCCAAAGUCAAGUGCAUGCAAACAAUAUACCAUCCAAACGUUGACCUCGAGGGAAACGUGUGUUUGAAUAUUCUCCGAGAAGACUGGAAACCUGUCUUAAAUUUGAACUCGGUCAUGGUCGGCCUACAAUACCUUUUCUUGGAGCCUAAUGCAGAUGAUCCAUUGAACAAAGAGGCAGCAGAAGAACUACGAAAGAAUCGUGAACAAUUCCUGUACAAUGUUAAGACAUCCAUGCGCGGUGGUGUUAUCAAGGGUGUGACAUAUAACAAGGUCCUUAUAUGAUGUUUAUUAGACGCGUGUAGACGUUCCCAUCUGUCCACCAUGUUCCUUGUUUUCCACUGGCAUUAUUUUGUAUUCGAAGAUCGUCGAGAUAUUUGGUCAUUGCGGGGGAUCAUUAUUACAACAAGGUAAUACAUUGUCUGGCUGGAUCGCAGAUUUCCUCAAGCGUUUCGUUCCAUAUGCACUCAACUUCCCCUGUAAGUGGUGAAAGAAUACGGGCUAAUCAAAAGUGGGAUGU